CGGCUCUCCACGCGCUGCGAUUUCCCCAUAUUCAUCUUCUACUUAACCACACGCAUCCUUCGAAGCCGACGGUUUCAGUAGCAGUAGGGCUCCAGUGAAAAAAACCAGAGCCCUGAUUUCUCAAUUGGGUCUUCUUCAUCAUAGGCAGGAAGACAAUGGCUGGGAGUUCAAGGAAGUCCAAGAGACCAAAGAGGAGCCAUGUAGUUAAAGAAGUUGCUACACUGAGCGAUUUUCCUGACGAAAUUCUCCAUUACAUUCUGUCCUUCCUCGACACCAAGUCUGCAGUUGGAACCAGCAUUCUGUCAAGGAGAUGGAGAUGUUUGUGGAAAGAUGUCCUGGUCCUCAAUUUCCUCCCAAAAUCCUUCUGUAAACUGGCGAGUUUCAGAAAACAUGUAUACAGGCUCCUGUCUCUCCGCUCCCACCGUACUCCUGUGCGCAAAGUUAUCUUCGACGUACGUGGAUACAAAAGGGAUGAAACACCGGGGCAUAUAACGAGAACAAUUGAACAGAUCAUGAGAUAUGCUGCUUCACAUGGUGGUGGUGGUCUUGAUCAUUUGUCCAUUAUCGGCGAGGACCAGAAUCUGUGCUUCAGCUACUUUGAUGAGAACAUCACCGCUGGUAAUCAUCGCGCACCUCUCAAAUCUAUGAAGUUGGAGGGAUGCACUUUGUGGUGUAUCCAAUGUGACGACGUGGGCUUUAAAUCGUGUACGACACUGGGCUUCAAGUUGCUUACAACUCUGGAACUGCGUGAAUGCCCUCUGUCACCUUAUUGUCCAAUUCUGCCCUUUGAUUUGAUUGGUGAUCUACCUUGUUUGAAGUACCUGAAGUUAAUCCGCUGCUUUAUAGCAGAUCCUGACUGUUGGUUACUAAUAUCUGGACCUCAACUGCUUGAUCUUGAAGUUGAGUUUACAAAUCACUACCGCUUUUAUGAACUGAUUGCCCCAAAGCUCAAAUCUUUACGGUUGUGGGGUGAAUACAUUGAUGAAUAUCUACCCAAGUUGGAUCUCCCCAGCCUGGAUCAUGCAAAUAUCCGCCUCAAGUGGGAACCAGAACGUUGGGAGGAUGAUGAUCCAGUUUUCAUUGAGCAGAAUUCUGCAUUUGUGAAUUACUUGUGUGGUCUGCAUAAUGUAGAAUCUCUCAAGCUAUGUUUCGACAAGGAACAGAGAUGGAAGAAUGAUUGGGAAGAGCAACCCUUUCCUCUUAACAGAAUUAAGGCAUUAGUCGAGCAUGAAGCUUCUCCCUUUAAUAGAUUGAAGACCUUGACGAUACAAUGUGCACAUCAACGACACCCACCAAACAUACCUUAUCAAGUGAUUCGCUAUUUUCUCGAAGGCUCUUCGAAUACAGAAGAAAAGUUUGUUAAGUUCGAGUUGCUUGCUGAUUGAAAAGCGAUGCUGACGUCAAAUGGUGUCGAAACUGGUAUAGUAAUCAAGUAUAUUGGAUGAUGCAGAAGCUUCUUGAGAACGUUGGUGCAGAACUUAGAAUUGUUUAGUUUGACUUGUGUUUUUCAGUAUUUUUAUGUUCCUUCAAUGCUUAAGCAUGUAUGAACUAUUGUCUUUGGUUAUUUAGAUGAAUAUCUCCCGAAGCUGAAUGUCCCUGCUCUAGAUCUUGAAAGUUGGUUCAGGUUCAGGUUGAGAUGAUUGAUGAUUAGAAAGCGCGGUAAUGGUUGCAUUGUUGUCGAAUGAUGUCAGGACUGAUAGCUAGUACUAGUCAUGUUCUCUGGUUGCAUGUAUUGCGGCAGCCAUGAUGCCAAUUGCCAUGGGCAAAGAUCGAUCAGUUGUGCCCAAAGUGGUAGUUUUCUCUUCUGUUUUUCAGACAAUUUGGUGUUUAAGCAUGUACUUAUGAGUCGUUCAUGUUAGUUAAUAGGGCUCUGUAACAUUUUUUACUAAUUAAUGUAAGUUGGUACAUUCAUAUGGAAAACCUGGAUGAAGAGCUGAAUGAGGUGAUCAUUAUA